AAUUUGAGCCAGUGUCAUCACAGGUCACUGACCUCUUAUAUUACUGUAGUAUCAACAUCGCAGUCAAUAAGAUCCCACAUUACCAGUGCGUAUACCACAUAUUGAACAGACACAAUACCUUUAUCCAGCUGAUUUUGUUCUCUUGCACCAUAGUGUCAUGUCUGUGACAGCCUGCACUGUUUUAACAUUAGACUAACAAAUAAGGUUAACAAUGUUAAUAGGGAGGUCCAUUGUAAUGGCUCUGAGCCCAUUUGCUAUGUUUAUCAGUGCUCGUCAUUGAUCUUUCUGUCAGUUGCUCUUGGCUAUAGCAAGACAUUGAUUAGUUUCCAGUAUUGAUGAAUGUUGCGUAGCAACAUGCAAGCUGCAGGUCAGUCAUUUGCCCUGUGCCAGAGUGGAGAGUUAAACAGCAGCAUCUACAUCUACACACUUGAAAACAAGAAGUUUAUUUGGUUUCUCUAAAUAUGAACUGUGAAAGAAGAGAGUGAAUGUUUCAAACACGCUUGUCUGAAAAGUGCUCCGAAGGAGGGAUUGUGGAGUCCUGGCUGCCUAAUGGUCAAAGCAAAGGAGGAGCUGACAUUCGGAUUUCAAAUCAGGUACAGUACGUUGUGUUUAUGACCUACAACUGAUGAACUGGUCAACUGGUGAGAGCAUAUUUUAUUGCAAUGUAACUGCUGCCUUCUCUGUGCCAUAACCCUUUGUGAGUCAAGUACUGAGACUAUGCAGUAUUUGAGGGUGGGAUACAGCUAUGUAGAUGGGCAUUCUGGGAAAUCAGAGCAGUGGAAUUUGUCAAGGGGGGGUCAGAGUAUUAAACAUCACUGAGUAGCGCAUUUGUUUUGAGAUUUUUUCCAGGCAAAUUUAGAAGAAAAAAUACGAAGAUGAAUUCUUAGUACAAAUCCAACAUUGCCAGAAAACAUAAGCACAGUAUGGUAAUUAACAGUGCUAUGUAAUACUGUAAUCAUAAUAAUUGUAUUAGUGAGCCAAGUUUUUUUCUGGAAAGUCCACGAACACAAACACAAUAUGAGAAAAACUGUAAAAACAAUGAUUGCUUUGGUGUUUUUGGCCCAAAUAUGAAUAAAAACCAGUUUUUCCAAUCAGGCCGGCAGAGCUCCAUACCUGACUCAGACUUCAUGAAAAGUAGGGGGCUGGCCAGCAGAGGCCCCGAAUACCGCUCACCUCCAACUCCCAGGAUGGAGCUGCUUACCCCCUCCAAGGUGAAGGAUCGCUCUCAGAAUGUCACAGAGAAGGUCACACAGUGCUGAGAGUCACUAAUGACAGGAUGAUCAAGGAUUCGUUGGACCUACAAGGUCGCAAAACCAGAGCAUGCAGCCUCCCCCAAGAAGUUGGUCAAAACAGUAUGUCUUCUAGAAAGGUACUUUCUUUGGAGUCUGAUGUACUGCCUGAAUACAAACUCCAGGUGCCAGAAACAACAUGGUGGAUCUUGCUUCACUACAGCCCCUUCAAGGCGUCUUGGGACUGGAUAAUUCUGCUGCUGGUCCUCUACACAGCUGUUUUCACGCCAUACUCAGCUGCCUUCCUCUUGGAUGAGCAUAGGGAUUUACAUCAAAGGAGCUGUGGCUACACAUGCAACCCUCUGAAUGUGGUGGACCUCAUGGUGGAUGUGCUGUUUAUUGUGGAUAUAGUCAUCAACCUUCGCACAACAUACGUGGACCAGAACGAUGAGGUGGUCACACAGCCAAGCCGGAUAGCCAAGCACUAUAUCAAAGGCUGGUUCCCUAUCGAUCUGUUCGCAGCGAUCCCUUUUGACCUUCUCAUUUUCAGAUCUGGCUCGGAUGAGAUGGCAACCUUAACAAGUCUGCUGAAAACAGCUCGGCUGCUGCGAUUGGUCCGCGUGGCAAGAAAACUUGACCGGUAUUCUGAAUAUGGAGCUGCUGUUCUCUUCUUACUCAUGUGCACCUUUGUGCUCAUCGCCCAUUGGCUAGCCUGCAUUUGGUAUGCCAUUGGUUUUGUGGAGAGGCCCUACACGGAGACUGGUUGGCUGGACAACCUAGCUGAACAACUAGGAAAGGCAUAUAAUGACAGUGACUCCACCUCCGGUCCAUCGGUCAAAGACAAGUAUGUCACUGCUCUGUAUUUUACCUUGAGCAGUUUGACAAGUGUGGGGUUCGGUAACGUUUCCCCAAAUACCAACUCUGAGAAGAUCUUCUCCAUCUGCGUCAUGGUCAUUGGCUCUCUCAUGUAUGCCAGCAUAUUUGGGAAUGUGUCAGCCAUCAUCCAGAGGCUGUAUUCAGGUACAACUCGCUACCAUACUCAGAUGCUGCGAGUUAAAGAGUUCAUCCGCUUUCACCAAAUCCCCUGUGGCCUUCGACAAAGGCUAGAGGACUACUUUCAGCAUGCCUGGUCCUACACAAAUGGUAUUGACAUGAAUGCUGUGCUGAAGGGGUUUCCAGAGUCUUUACAAGCAGACAUCUGUUUGCACUUGAACCGAUCUCUGCUAAAAAACUGUAAGGCCUUCCGCGGAGGCAGUAAAGCUUGUCUGCGCGCCUUGGCUGUGAGGUUCAAGACAGUCCACGCUCCUCCAGGAGAUACUCUGAUCCACUACGGAGACAUCUUGGAUUCUCUCUUCUUCAUCUCUCGUGGUUCCAUUCACAUCAUCAGGGAUGAUAUGGUGAUGGCCAUAUUAGAAAAAAAUGACAUCUUUGGAGAGCCUAUCCACCUAUAUGAUGAGCCGGGGAAGUCUAAUUCGGACGUGCUUACCAUCACCUACUGUGACUUACACUGCAUCCUGAGGGAUGACCUGCUGGAGGUCCUGGAUAUCUACCCCAGCUUUGCAGACAACUUCUGGGGGAACCUGGAGAUAACUUUUGACCUUCGAGAUGCUGAUCAAGUGCCACCAAUAAUAACUGAUGAUUCUGGUGAAGACUGCGGAUAUGGGCACAAGCCAAGACACAGGAAUCAUUCCCUGGACUGCCGAAUUAGGCCAGAUGGAAUGGAUCAUGAAGACUCAUACCCCCUUCAGUCCUUCCGUCAUCCUCCCUCACCUCCCCAGGCCCACUGGGAUGACCUCUGUAGCUGUGGAUCCUCACGCUCUGGGUCCAGCGAGGACCUGGCUAAGCCUCUUGCUCAUGGUGCCAAAGUAGAGCUUUAUCCUCCAGAGGAUGGCAGACGGGACUUCACCCCCUCUGUGGUGCAGCUGCGACCCACCAGUGGCACCUCAGUAGGGAGGGAGGCAGGGCUGGACAGAGGCCAACAAGCUUCAUCUCCGAAUGUACCGGGAAUGUACCGAUACUGGCCAGACCAACAGACACAACAGGUUUCCAGUCAUGCAUGGCGAUCUUCUUCUGUCCGCAGCUCCUACCACCCGCCACCAUUCCCAGAAGAACGGCCCAGUGAGCUAGAGUCCCGACUUGAGGUUUUACAUUCACAGCUCAACAGACUAGAGACUCGUAUGACAGCUGACAUCAACGUUAUUCUCCAGCUUCUUCAGAGGCAGAUUGCUCCUGUACCUCCAGCGUACAGCACAGUGUCCUCUAGUACCCUCCCCACUGACUCACCUAGCCUGUAUGGGACUGGAACCCCAGUGUUGCACAGCAUGUAUCCCAUUUCCCCCAUCCAGAUGGACAGCCACUCACCUACACAGAACUCAAUCCAGACCAACCUUAAAUUCACUACGAAGUCCCAGGAGUCUCUGUCUAGUGGAAUCCAUGUGACUGUGGCAUCAGACGACACCAUGUUCAUGACCAUCACCCCUGAAACUGAGACCCAUAGAGGCCUGACUCAGCAGCUGACCCAGGCAUCAGUCAAACCCUCGCUCAUGAAGAACCCCAGGUUGUGCAGGAGUCUCCACUGUCCCUCACUGCCAGGGAACCUGGACAUCAACUCAGGACUGGCUGAGAUCCAGAAACACCUCUCAGACCCUGUGCUGCCUGUCAUCUGAAGCCUUUCAGUAAUAGAGUUUUCGUGGCAACCAGUGUGACUUUGAAAGUAGUAACACUGAUAUCUCGUGAUUGCAGCAAUAGUCCAGCACAGUCUGUACAUCCAGACCAACUGUGUCGGCCAUUUCCAGUCUUUAUGCUAAGCUAAACGACUACCAGCUGGUGUGACACAUUUUUCACAGUUAAAGGAAUAAUAAUCAUAAUUUUGUCAGUGGACAAAUUAUGUAAAGGCAAGACAUUUGUAGAUUACUGAAAAAACAUCUGGCAUUUCUGUAGUACUACUACUGUAAUACCUGAUUAAUUACUGAUACAUUUACGUUCAACAGUGCUACACCAUGACUCUAAAUUGAAACACCUGCAACAGGUAAUCAUUUGUGAUCCAAUGUCAGUUUAACUACAUUCUCCGUAUUACAGAGAUCUCAUCUGAGAUCAGGCAGUGUUUUCUCAGUAUUUUACAGUUACUGCAGUACACUUUUUUGACCUAGCACUUCUAACUGUAAAUCUGAAAUCUGUACCAUAGAUUUGUAUCAGUUUGUUAAUGAGUCAAUUCACUGUGAAAUUAUUUAAACUGGCAUCUGAACAUAAAUCUUCUGUAAGCAACUGUUUAAUGUUGCUAUCAAUAAAAUUAC